AUGACUUUAAGAGACAACGCUUUAGUUAAAAAGUAUAUUAACAUUGAUGCCAAAGGAUCUGGAUCCUCUAAAAUGGGUAUCCUCGUGGGUAGUUUUGCUGCCUUCGCUGGUAUUCUUUAUGGGUAUGAUACUGGUAUUAUUUCUGGUGUUUUAGGUAUGGAUUAUGUCACCGGUCUUUUCCCUGCUGAUAAAACUGCUUUCACUUCAAGUGAAAAAUCAUUGAUUGUUUCCAUUUUAUCUGUUGGUACUUUCUUCGGUGCCUUACUUGCACCAAUUUGUUCAGAUAGAUUUGGUAGAAAAUGGACUAUUAUUUUCUCCUCAUUACUUAUUUUCAAUGUUGGGGUUGUUUUACAAACCAUUUCAACUUCUAUUCCAUUGUUAUGUGCUGGUAGAGCUGUUGCCGGUUUUGGUCUUGGUGUUAUUUCUUCAAAUGUUCCAUUAUAUCAAUCAGAAACUUUACCUAAAUGGAUUAGAGGUGCUAUUGUUUCAUGUUAUCAAUGGGCUAUUACUAUUGGUUUAUUCUUAGCUUCUGUUGUUAACAACGGUACUAAACACAGAAAUGAUAGUGGAUCUUACAGAAUUCCUAUUGCUAUUCAAAUUCUUUGGGCUUUAAUCUUAGGUAUCGGUUUAUUCUUCUUACCUGAAUCACCAAGAUUCUACAUUACCAAAGAUAAAUUCGAUGAUGCCAAAAAAUCUUUAUCCAUCUUAAGAGGAUUACCAGAAGAUCACCCAGAAUUAAUUGCUGAAUUUGAUGAAAUCAAAGCUAACUAUGAUUAUGAAAAAUCUGUUACUCAAUCUGGAUGGUUAGCUGUCUUCUCCACUAAGAACAAACAAUUAAAGAGAUUAAUAACCGGUGUAGGUUUACAAGCUUUCCAACAAUUGACUGGUGUUAACUUCAUUUUCUACUAUGGUACUACAUUCUUCCAAAGUUCAGGUAUUUCAAACGAAUUCUUAAUUUCUUUAGCUACUAACAUUGUUAACGUUGGUUCCACUAUUCCAGGUAUUUUCUUAAUUGAAAUCAUUGGUAGAAGAAAAUUAUUAUUAGGAGGUGCUGUUGUUAUGUCACUCAGUCAGUUCGUUAUUGCUAUCACUGGUGUUGCUACUACUUCCGAUGCUGCCAAUAAAGUCUUGGUUGCCUUCUCAUGUAUUUUCAUUUCCGCUUUUGCUGCUUCAUGGGGUCCAGCUUGUUGGGCCAUUGUUGGUGAAAUCUUCCCAUUAACCACUAGAGCCAAAUCUAUCGCCAUUUCAGCUUCUUCGAAUUGGUUAUGGAACUGGGCUAUUGCUUAUGCUACUCCAUACUUAGUUGAUUCUGGUCCAGGUAAUGCCAACUUAGGAUUAAAAGUUUUCUUCCUUUGGGGAGGUUGUAACUUCUUAUGUUUCUUCUUCACCUACUUCAUGGUUUACGAAACUAAAGGUUUAAGUUUGGAACAAGUUGACGAAUUAUAUGAAAAUGUCACCAACGCAUGGCAAUCACCUAAAUAUGUUCCAUCUCAAUUAAGAUUCCAAGAUACUUUAGAAAACAAAGCUGAAACUGAAAACAUUGAUGAUGUUAUGAUGAAAACCGAUCAAUCAAGAGAAGAAUCAGUUUAA